UCAUACUCAUUACCAAUUUAGUUAGAGACUAGUUUGAAACUAGUAAUAAAUAGCAACUCUCCAAGAACAUACCAUGGAAGAAGAAGAGCUACCUCCGGCCAAAAAAAGAAACGUGGGACGAUCUAGAAAAGGUUGCAUGAAAGGUAAAGGUGGUCCAGAGAACGCUAAGUGCACUUACCGUGGAGUUAGGCAACGGACUUGGGGUAAAUGGGUCGCCGAGAUCCGAGAGCCUAACCGUGGCACCCGCCUCUGGCUCGGCACUUUCAAUACCUCAGUGGAAGCCGCCAUGGCGUACGAUGAAGCAGCUAAGAAACUGUAUGGACACGAGGCUAAGCUCAACUUGUUGCACCCACAACAACAACAACAACAAAAGCAAGGAGUGAAUAGGAACUUGUCUUUUUCUGGCCACGGGUCAGGUUCUUGGGCUUAUAAUCUCGACACGGUUCGUGGGUUGGACCUUGGUCUCGGUACGUCAAAUGGGUCACGCGGUUUUAGUUUUCUACAAGAAGAUAAUCAUCAUAAUUCUAGUCACUACUUAUCUUCAAGUGGCUCGAAUCUUUCUUGGUUAUUACCAAUACGAAGUAGUUCACAAGAUCAAGAAAGUGUUAAUACUACCAGUGGUUGCGGCAGUGAAGGUGGUGGCUAUACGUUUUCGUCAAAGUUUAAACCGCAGAGCUUGAUGAUGACUCCUCUGGACAGCAAUUCAUCUAAUGGAGUUUGGUCUAGGUUUCUUGUGGGACAAGAAAAUAAUACAGAAUAUGACGUGUCAUCAUCUUGUGGCUCGUCGUCAGACAAUAAGGAGAGUGUAUCAGUUCCUAGUCACGGCGGUGGAGAAGGGUUACAUAGGCCGGAAGUGGAGGAGGGAACAGGGUAUUUGGAGAUGGACAAUCUUUUGGAGAUUGAUGAUUUGGGUUUGUUGAUAGGCAAAAAUGGAGAUUUCAAAAACUGGUGUUGUGAUGAGUUUCAACAUGCAUGGAAUUGGUUCUGAUGAAAGAGUUUUACUUAUUGUGUCAUUGUCAUUACUUAUUAUAAUUAUCUUUUUUUUUUUUUUUUGUUCACGACUUAUUAUAAUUAUCUAGGAUUAAAUAAUUGUUAUAUAUACAUCAAUCGUCCUCGCUUCUUCUCUGGCAUUUAGUAUGUGUAUAAAUAGGUUUGAGCAUGUUUCAGAGUUCCUUAAAACGAUAUUAGUUGAUUUGAAAUGAA